AUGGAUUUGGAAGAUGCGGGUGUGAUGCAGCUGGGCAGUGGUGAGAGCGGGGGCCCUGGGAAUGGGGAUCCGGGGACUCAGGAGAGUACUGGGCCUCUUAUUGGGGGAGACCAGAGUGCAACACCCCAAGGUGACUCUCCUAUGGACAUGGAUGAACCAGAAACGCGUGAUGGCCAAGAAGCACAGACAGGGCUCCCAGAAAAUCUUACUACACAACAGGAAGAACCCACUACACAACAAGAAGAGCAGACGGAAGAACCCACUACGCUACAAGAAGAACAGACAGGACUAGCAAAUGAUCCUACCACACAACAAACUGAACAGACAGAGGAACCUGUUAUCAAUCAAGAUGGACCUGUUGUUGACCAAGACGGACCUGUCAUUGACCAAGAAGAAUCUGCUACGCUACAAGAUCAACCUAUUAUUGGCCAAGACGAACCUGCUACACUGCAGGACGAAUCUGCUACAUUACAAGAUGGGCCACAAUUUUCCCAAGACGAACCGCACUCAAACCAAGACGGACUUCCGACAGACCAAAACGAACCUACGACACUCGAGAAUGGACCUACUACACUUGAGAACGGCCAUCCAAUGGACCAAGACGGACCUGGCGCUAUGCAAGACGGACCUGCGAAUGUCCAAGAUGAACCUGCUACUAUGCAAGAUGAACCUGCUAAUUUGCAGGAUGAACCUGUUACUAUGCAAGAUGAACCUGCUACUUUGCAAGACGCUCCUCCAACGCCCCGAGAGGAAACAGAAGAACCUGCGACGGAGAAUGGCGGGCCGCAGGAAUCAAGGAACGGGAUUGAACAGGACGAGGAACUGUGCGUCCCACAAUCUCACGAGAUCGUCAUACCGAACUACGCCUCCUGGUUCCACCUGACAAAGAUUCACCAGAUCGAAAGAAAGUCCCUGCCAGAGUUCUUUACGAACAGAAUAGCGUCAAAGACACCAGAAAUCUACGUCAAGUACAGAAACUUCAUGGUCAACUCGUACAGACUGAACCCAAACGAAUACUUUAGUGUCACGGCAGCAAGAAGAAACGUCUCGGGGGACGCGGCGGUACUCUUCAGAGUCCACAAAUUCCUCAUGAAAUGGGGGCUCAUCAACUACCAAGUAGACGCAAAAGUAUUGCCCAAAAAUAUUGAACCACCUCUGACGGGAGAGUACGCGACAAAACACGACGCACCAAGAGGGUAUUUCCCUUUCGAAAGUUACAAACCAUCAGUGCAACUGCCCGAUAUGUCGAAAUUGAAGAAAAUGAUGGACGUUGAUAACCCAAGAAGUACACUCCAUAAGUACUUAAAGGAGGAGGAAAGAAAAUACGGAGCACAACCCACUGCAAAAUCGACGGAACCAUCGCCGUCUGUGGAGGCAGAGACCGAUCAAACGACAAGCACGUCGCUGAAAAGAGAACUCUCAAACGACGAGGAGACGGGCAUCUCGGAUCGAGCACCAAAGAAACCUAAAAUCUUACAAUCCACAGACGAGGAUGACUGGACAAAGAACGAAGUCAUCAGCCUCUUGCAGGCAAUACAGACAAACGGCCCGGACUGGUAUCAGAUUGCCAAAACAGUGGGGACAAGGACCCCAGAGCACUGCAUACUCAAGUUUUUGCAGUUGCCUAUUGAGGACAAAUUCCUGUUCCAGGACAGCGGCGCAUCGGCAACAGGGAUGGGUCCUCUGAAGUACGCCCCACAUUUACCUUUCUCCAAGAGUGAUAACCCGGUGUUGUCCACAAUUGCAUUCCUAGUCGGGAUGGUCGAUCCUAAAGUCGUCCAAGCGAUGACUAACCGUGGCUUGAAAGCGCUACACGCCACAAAAGAGGGUGACACUCCAGGAAUAGAGGGCCAAACAAAACUGGACAACGAUAGCAAGACGAAGACUGAUGACGACAGUAAAGUGGAAGCCAAUGAAGAUAGUAAGGUGGUAACUAAUGAAGAUAGCAAAGUGAAAGAUGAUGACUACAACAAGGUGGAAGCCGAUGACGACAACAAGGUGGAAGCCGAUAUUGUCGACAAAGCGAAAGAAGAACCUACUGUUGACACUUCUUCCAAAUCUCCAGCAAAGGAAGCCACAGAGAUAGCGCUGGCGACCCUGGGUGUCCGUUCCAAAGUGUUUGCGACAAACGAGGAGAGACAGCUAAAUAAGUUGGCGAAUAAACUCGUGCAGAUUCAAUCUCACAAAGUUAACCUGAAACUAGCUACAUUCGAUAAAUUGGAGAAAGCACUGGAGCUAGAAAAGAAGUUGCUCCAACGGAAACAGGAGGAGUUUUUGAUUCAAAGGUUGUCGUUCGCUAAAAGUGCGCACCAGAUACUAGAGAAAUUCAGCAAGACGACGGAUGCUGUUCAAGAUGAGGCGCAGAGACAGAAGUUGUCCGCUCAUGUCGAACAAGCGAGGAUACUGCUCGCUCAACCAAUGAGUCUAAGUAUUGGUUCUGCCUCCCAAUCAGCCGCGGCUACGGGUUCCACAGUUGGAGACGACAACGAGGCUGAGACAACUAACGAGGGUAAAAGCGAGUCAGAUAUCAAACCGAUUUCUCUCGAGGCUCCACACUUUUAUAGAUAUUGGUCUGGAUGA